GGACGGAGCCCAGUUUCUCAAGAAGAGUCAUUCAUUGUUCAUGCUUUUGUAGCUUAGGGACUUGCCAGGGACUAUUUUGCGUAUAAAAUGGAAACCCAUGAUGACAAAGAUGAGAUUCAUGAUUGUGUGAUUAAGCUGAGAGAAAAUCCCCCAAAACGAAGGGAGAAGGUGUACAUUGGCUGUGGAGCUGGUUUUGGAGGUGAUAGGCCCUUGGCAGCUCUUAAGUUGCUUCAGAGAGUGAAACAGCUGAAUUAUCUUGUACUUGAAUGCCUAGCGGAGCGCACCCUUGCUGAUCGAUAUCAGGUUAUGGUGUCAGGUGGCGAUGGUUUUGAUUCGCGGAUUUCGGAUUGGAUGCGCUUGCUUCUACCUUUAGCUGUGGCGAGAGGAACUUGCAUAAUCACCAACAUGGGUGCAAUGGAUCCAUCUGGUGCGCAGAAGAAGGUUAUAGAAAUAGCAAACAGCCUGGGACUUAAUAUAGCUGUUGGUGUGGCUCAUGAGGUUUCUAUCAGUAACACAGGUUUAGGAUCCUCUCAUGAGAAAUCCUACAUCAAGGAAGGCGGUAUUAGCACAUAUCUUGGAGCUGCUCCCAUAGUCGAAUGUCUGGAAAAGCAUCAACCUGACGUUGUGAUAACUUCUCGCGUCACAGAUGCUGCCUUAUUUUUGGCACCAAUGAUAUAUGAAUUAGGUUGGAACUGGGACAACUUAGAACUUUUAGCACAGGGGUCAUUGGCUGGACACCUUUUGGAGUGUGGCUGUCAACUUACAGGGGGAUACUUCAUGCAUCCAGGAGACAAGUACCGAGACAUGCCUUUCUCUCAACUUCUUGAUUUGUCACUUCCUUAUGCUGAAAUCUGUUCUAAUGGAAGCGUACUUGUUGCAAAGGCGGAAGGUAGUGGCGGGGUCUUAAAUUUCAGUACUUGUGCUCAACAACUUCUUUAUGAAGUUGGGGAUCCUAGUGCCUAUGUCACUCCUGACGUGAUUAUUGAUCUUCGAGAUGUUUCAUUCUCCCCUCAAUCAAGUUGCAAAGUGCUUUGUGUUGGAGCAAAACCUGCUGCUGGAUUAGUUCCUGAUAAACUCCUGCAGUUGAUUCCAAAGGACUGCGGUUGGAAAGGAUGGGGAGAGGUGUCUUAUGGAGGACAUGAAUGUGUUAAACGUGCUAAGGCUGCUGAAUUUCUGGUCAGAUCAUGGUUGGAAGAAAUAUUGCCUGGCAUUAACAGUCGCAUAUUUUCUUAUAUAAUCGGCGUUGACAGUCUGAAAGCAAUUAGCACUGGCGAGGACACUUCGUCUCUGAAGAGUAGAGAAGAUCAUCAAGAUAUAAGGUUACGCAUGGAUGGUUUACUUGAGCUGAAGGAACAUGCAGUUCAAUUUACAAGGGAGUUUACAGCAUUAUAUACUAAUGGUCCAGCUGGUGGUGGGGGUAUCAGUGUUGGGCAGAAGAAAGAGAUCAUUCUUGAAAAGCAAUUGGUCUGUCGUGAACAUGUUUCGUGGAGGGUUGCAGUGAAGCGCUCUGUAGUGACAAAAUCAAAUAACUUGAGAAAUAGCAGUGAAGAGCUCACGAAACGGCCUGUUUUACAAGAAUCUUUGGAUCAUAUUUUAUUUUCGGAAGGCGAUACAUCUCCUGCUCCCUCUGGCAAAAAGAUUCCACUCUAUGAUGUGGCGCAUAGCAGAGUUGGAGACAAAGGGAAUGACUUAAACUUCUCUCUCAUCCCACAUUUCCCUUCAGAUAUUGAGAGGUUGAAGUUGGUCAUAACGCCCCAGUGGGUAAAGGAAGCAGUCUCAGCUCUUCUAAACAAAUCUUCAUUUCUCGAGUCCAACGCUAUCAAUGAAAGAGACAAAUGGGUUAAUGAACAUGUCAAAGUGCAAAUUUAUGAAGUUAGAGGAAUCAAAUCUUUGAAUGUUGUGGUUCGGAACAUUCUAGAUGGGGGCGUCAACUGCUCCAGAAGGAUCGAUCGCCAUGGCAAGACCAUUUCGGAUCUGAUAUUGUGCCAGCAAGUAGUGCUGCCUCCAUAAUUUUGUUGUUCAAGUAAUUCGUUACCAUGGUUUGGAAUGGUCCUUUGCAUGUAAAUUAUGUAACAACAAUAAGAUACAGUACAUAUUUCCAAAAUUCCAACGGCUAAAAGCCUGAAAUGAAAUAUGGCAGAUAAAAUAAGAGCUGUCCAAUACAGAGAUUUCUUUUGCA